GCAUCUCUGAGCGUCUGACAUAUGAUGUUGCUUGUGUUUGGUAGGAAGGGGGGGCGGCAUGAGAAGAAAGUAUUCAAACUCGUAGAAAAUGUGUGAGCGUAAAUGAUAGUAAACCGAUGACUGCUCAACCCAAACGCCGGCAAGAUUAUGGCAGCAACUUCUACGAAGGACGGUCUUCCGCAGCUUUUGGAAGGUCUGACUGUAGCUGCCAAGAAGAAUCCCGACGAAGUGUCCACUAUUCUAGAUUCCAUCCUUACUCAGACUGAAAAUCUCCACAACGAGUCUUCUGCCAAUACACAAUUUGUUCCUGAAGCGAAAGCUCUUUUAAACUGGAAAUCAAAGGAUGUUGUCAGCAAAACAGCCCAGGUUAUAUCAGAACUCGCGAAGUCUGACGCUGGCCGUGAGAAAUGUGCUGAUUCGGAAUUACUUGGUGCCAUAGUUAAGCACUUGGAUGCCAAAGAAGAUGAUAUUAAACUUCUUAUACAGAUCUGCCGAGCUUUAGGCAACAUCUGCUAUGAGAAUGAUAAAGGAAGGACACUUCUUUUGGAGGCACACUGUUUGCCACCAUUAAUACAAGUUUUGGAGAAGUAUUCAUCUGAGGCUGGUGAAGAGGAAAGAAAUUUACGCGCUGUAGCUUCAGGAUGCCUGCUAAAUUUGCUUGUUGGCCAAGAAAAUGUUCAGCAGAAGGCUGUGAAGAAUGGUUUGGUAUCUCUUUUGACUAAACUACUGGAGACUGAUGGCGUGGAAAGCACUGGAGAAGAUACUGCUACCCACGUCCUGCUAAUACUUGGUCUUCUUGCUGAUACUGUUCCAUCUGAUGAGCAGCUCUUGGAUGAGAGAUUGUGCUGCGCCGUGGUCAAAGUUCUGAGUGUGUCUAAGGCUCCUGAUGUCAUUGAAAUGUCUUUGGAGUUGCUGCACACUCAGGCAGAGAAUGAACAAGUAAAGCAUUGUUUGGCAGUGGCAGGACUGUGUGAAUUGCUCAUAACACUUCUGGAGAAGCACAAACCAGAGGCUGAUGGUGAAGAAGCACGUAAUCUCAUGAAGAUGGCAUGUGAUCUUAUUGUUCUCGUACUCACAGGAGAUGACAGUAUGAAUGUAUUAUAUGCAGAAGGUCGUGGUGACGUCUUCAGAUCCAUGAUAAACUGGAUCGAAUCAGAUGAUGAAGAUCUGCAGAUAACAGGUGUCCUUGCCAUGGGGAACUUUGCACGAACAGACAAACAUUGCAUCCAGAUGGUUGAAGCUGGUGUUAGCAAGAAGCUCCUGGCUCUACUGAAAAGAAACAAUACUCCUGAUGGUGAUAUCAGACUGCAGCAUGCACUUCUCAGUGCACUCAGGAACUUGGUGAUUCCAGCCCAGAAUAAAGCAGCAGUGCUGUCUGAUGGCCUUGUUGACGCUGUGAUACCUAUGCUUGAGAUCCCAACGUUCCCUGUUGUUUUCAAACUGUUGGGUACUUUACGAAUGGUUGUCGACGGUCAAGUAGCAGCAGCUUGUGAACUGGGUGGACAACCGGAGCUUGUUAGGAGACUAGUUUCUUGGUGUGCAACUGAGGACCACCCUGGUGUUCAGGGUGAAGCCAACAGGCUUCUUGCUUGGCUUAUUAAAAAUAGCAGGGAUCAGAAAGUAUUGCAGACUAUGGUUGCAGCAGGUGCUUUGCCUUGCCUUAUUGCUAUGGUGACUGCAGAACACACUGUUAUGCAGAAUGAGGCACUUCUGGCGCUGGCAUUGGUGGCCUCGUCAGUGAGGCACAUAUCAGAAGCAGCAGAGCGCAUAGAAAGUGCAGGCAUCGGUCCUGCUGUGGCACGCUUACUCACCGGCAGCGGCAGCUCCCUGGCACGAGAAGUCAUUCUGAAUCUUAUGACACUGUUGGAGCAGCUUUCUGUGUCAGAGCUGAUAAAGAAGCAUUUAGUGGAAAAUGGUGUACCUUCUGCAAUGAUGACACUGUGCAACAGAGAAGACAUUUCAGAUAUCCAUAAUCAGAUAAGGAGACUUGCUUCCAUGCUGGAUUCUGGCUGAUGUCAUUUGUGUUACUAUUUUAGCAUUAUCCCCAAUUAUGGCCAUAUUUGUUCCACACCAUCAGUAUUUUACCUAUUUAAGCAUAAUUUAUUACUGUAGAAAGGCACAUUUCUUUGUGCAAGAAUGGUUAUUAUGUAAAUUUUUUCCACCUCUAUGUUCAUUGCUUGCUGUAACUGUGUUGUUAUUUAACAUUUCUCAUGAGAGGCAUCACAGUUAACAUAUUAUUGUCAUUUUUAAGUAUUAUUAUUGUCUUAAAUAAGAAGGAAAAAUUAUUAUUACUGAUAGAUAUUACUGGUUGACAAGGAGGUAUUAGAGUUCAUUGUGAAAGACUUUAUGCAAUUCCUUGUUGAUUUUUGUUGAAAGAUGGGUGUACGUGUAUUUACAUCUAAUGUAUGUUGUUGUGUGGAUGGUAUUAUCCCCAUCUUCGAUUCCAUGUCACUAUCAGUGUCAAAGGAAAUAAACUUACAAGCUCCUGGGCUGCACUGUUGCUAAUUACACUAAAAAUAUUUGCUAAUAUUCUUAUUCUAGUCGUUUGUGCCAUUUUAAAAAGCCUGCUAGUUCAUGAGAAAAUGUUUGAAUUAAAGGAUAACAAGAAAUACUUUAUGAAGCAGCACACUGACUGUGUUUCCCACAUUAUAGCUUAUAUUGAAAACUCAGGAACUUGCACCACCCUUUGUGUUGUACAUAAGUAAUAUUUGCUUUUAUUUGACCAAGAGUUCAUUAGAGAUCAGAAAGCUUUAAAAUUAUUCAGCCUUUGGCAUUUAGUCUUAUACUUGCAGAGGCAUUGCAGAUGAGAGCCUUUAAUGUGUAUUACAGCUUACUUGCAUAUGAAUAUGAAAAUUGCUUUGAACCUGUAUUUCUCAGAACAAAAACAAGAAAUUUCUAAACAGAAAUACAUAUUGUAGGUUGUGAAUAUCUGUUGUGAUAACUAAGGUACCUCAGAUUUGUAACGUGUAGAGUAUGUGACGGACUGCAUAAUCUGUUUGAUAUUCCCACAUUUGCGAAACAUAACAAGUUUCAUUCAUUAGUCUUUCCAUAUGUGAUAUAGUGUUGGCAGUAAUAGUUUUUACCUGGACUGCAUGAAUGAGACUAGAUUAACUUGAGGUUGAAAUUUGUUAUUGAUAAUAAAUAUUUAGUAAUGAAAGUUCAUUUCGAUUGUAGAAAUGAAAGGGUUAAAAUUCACUGAAGCAGUGUUUAGAAUUUCAGAAAACUGAAGAAACUUUGUGGAAAACUAAUAGACAGUAUAAAUAUUAUUAGUUGAGACUGUUAACCUACUGCUUAAGGCCCCUCCCUUGUUUGAACAAAAAUUCUAAGACAGCUGAUAUUUUCAAAGAUGAUUUGGUACUUUAAUGUAAUUGUAUUAUGACACUUUUGUGAUUUUUCUUCCAAAUUUUGCCUGUUAAAUUACUGACACUGUAAAAAGAGAUCAGUGAAUUUUGUGGUAGUCCUGUGAGACUAUUGGAAGGAAUUGUAGACAUAUUUGAUACACCAGGGAAGACUAUAUUAUGCCUUGCCGCAUACAACUUCCUCGGUGCUCUGUAUAUCCCUGCUAAGGUGGAUCUUGUACUGUUUGAUACACUACAUUAUACCAUUGUAUGGCAGAAAGCAUGGUCUCCUCUCCUCUCCCCUCCUCCCCCUCCUGCCUUCCUCUCCCCCACCCUACCUGCCCAGAUUAAGUAAAGGAGAAUAAUUAUUGUGGUAGCUUUCCCCAGGGAUUUAUUCAGUUGCUAUAUUCAAGAAAAGAUUGAGGUUUUAGAAUUGUUAAGACAUAUGCAGCAUUUCAGCAGGCAAUAAGAUUAAUAUUGCAUCAUGCAGUGAAAGUACAAUUUCGAAUUGACUGUUCUUUCUAAUAUGUCUAGUAUUUUGCGCACACUUUCAUUGCAAGAGCAAACUGCUCUAUUUUGUAUAGAAACAUGUUUUUGUAUACAAACAUGUUUUCCAUUUAUUUCCUGUUACCACUGACUGCUGUUUCAUGUUUGUGCAUGUAUUUUAUGGUAUUCAAAAUGCUGUUUUUCUGUGCUUCAUUCCAUUCUUCAAAUAGCAUUUUCCUUCUUUUAAUACUGCAUUCUUUCAUCACCGUUCAAUCAUUCUUUUCACAAGGGCUUUGGAGCCUGAUAAGACUGUUGGUUACAAGAAAGUGAGAUUGUAGUAAGUGACAGUAUCUCUCUUGUAUACAACAUACAUGUGGCCGAUAAGGAUAUGAAUUCAUGCUUGAUCCAAAUUGUAUGCUUUUGUAAUUUAGAAUAGAAAAGUUUUUCUACCACUUGAAAUCUCUGUGUAAUGCUCUGAGUUACCUAUUUUUCCCCCACAGAAGUGCCUCAAAAAAGCAUCGAAUCAUAUUUCCCAUUGGCUGUAAAGUUGUCAUUGCAAAUGUUGAUAAUAGCCAGCCUGAGUCACUGCCAUUUCUGUGGAAACUUUAUUUUAUACACACUUAUACUACAUAAGUCUAAUAAUAUGGAUUUAAACAUUGCGAAGAUUACCAGAUAAUGUUCUGCAAUAAAAUAUUAUCAACUUGCGGCAUUUCUUUUGUUGUCUAAAACUAAAUUACUUGGAAUGACAUUCAUGAGAUUGGUCUUGCCCAAGUUGUUGGAUUUUGUUGCCUUUAUUUUCAUAUUAAAAAGUGCUGGCAGAAAAGUGACUAACAUAUGGUAUUCCCAUAAACCUGACUGGCUGUAGAGCCAUAAGCCAUUCUAUAUCAUACAUAAUGAAAUUGUCAGUACUCGUAAUAUGCUCUUCUCAAUUAUGGGACCUUGAGAUCACACGUUGACCAAUAUUAUAUACAUCUGCUUAUUAUUGUAAUUUUCUGAAUGUGUUGUGGCUAUUCCAUAGUUUGAAGUAGUUUGUUUUAAAAUCACUUGGUUCAUUAUUUUGCCAUGUGCCAAUGCCACAAGAAGUAUGUCGGUUGAUGACUCAGUAAAGCAAUUAUUGUUCUAUUUAUCAGAAUUAUUUUGUUUCUAAUUUAGUACCUCAGUGAUUUUUCCUUUUUUCCUUAUUCACUUAAGAUUGUGAAAUGAUUUGUCACUCAGUAGCUUCAGAUAAAUUUUUAGGAUUAAUGUACUAGUGACAAACUUUCAUUUGAUACCAGUGUUAUGAGAAUUUUUCCAUAGAUUUUGGAAUGGCAGUUAAGAUAAUAUUAAAAUGUUAAAAAUGCAAUAAGCUCAUAAUAAACUAGCUUUAAUUUUUUAAAUAAAAUGAAAGACUUUAUCUGGAUCCAGUGAUCUCUAGACAUGCAUUUUUAAGAGAAACAUUGUUGAAAAAUGUAUUUGAGCCUGUAUUGUAUUUGUAUGUUUUGCAUACAGCUUUGUGCAUGCACUAGUAAUAGACUUGUUUAAGAUUGCUAUUGAGAAAGAAAGUUCUUGUUACUUGUUGUAAUUUUAAUAUUAAUAUUAU